AAACUAUCAAUAAUGGCGGGCUUUAUUCAGAACAUGAUAUGGAACUCGGUCGAGGGGUUCGUAGAAGCCGGGAAGAGGACGGUGGGAGGAUAUGCUGGAGAUGCCUUGAUCAAGGCUGGAGAUGCGAUUGAGAACGGAGGCAGGAGUGUAGGAACUGGCCUCGAACGCAAAGUCUCAGGCUAUGGCAAUACCAUCUCCGGUCAAAAGUACCAAGGUUCCUCCCACUCGUCAGCACCAAAAAAGAAGGCUCUGCCAGCACCCAGCAAGCCCUCCGCACCUAAACGCUCAAAUUCCUCGCCUGCCUCAUCAGUACCCUCGAACAUGAAGCGGCUCGGACCCACCAGCUCUACGCCGUUGGGCGCAAAGAAGGUUGCAAGCGGCGGCGCCAAAUCUGCUCAAAAAUCCCUCACCAACGGUGUAAACACUGGGAAAUCUGUAGUUGGUGGCGGCUUUGGAGGUGCCAAAGGUGCUCUCGGAUCUACAGCGAACAAAGCCGCGUCUACCACUAAUCUCGCCGGCAACACCGCAUCCAAGGCUACUAAAUCGUUACCAAAACCGUAUCCCCAAAAUAACUCCGCGCUUUCGUACCCCACUGAGAAGAAGUCGGCUGUUAAGCCUGGUGCUCCUAAACCAUUCACCCCUCCUGCUUCAUCCAACUUCAACAAAAAUUCUGCUAAGAAGGAUGUGUCUCCCUACCCUGGGACGAAUACCAAGCCAGGUGAAGCCAACACUGCACCUGUGAGGCGCAAGUUCAAGCCUAUGGAGCGCGCGGCCCCACAAACUGAGCAUGGGAAGAUGCAGCAUAUCGCAGUCUAA